GCCGCUCACGAGGUUCUUCCUUUCUCCUCCAGCUCCGUUGCAGCGGGUGAAUGCGUGGCGUGGAUGGACUGGUGAAAUCGAUCAAAAUUCACUCAAGUCGCCAAUUUGAGCUUCACUAGAACGCCACCAACAUGCCGGCGUAUUUCCAAAGGCCAGAGAAUGCUCUGAAACGAGCGAACGAGUUUCUUGAGGUUGGUAAAAAGCAGCCAGCUUUGGACGUUUUGUACGAUGUCAUCAAGAGCAAGAAACAUCGAACAUGGCAGAAGAUCCACGAGCCCAUCAUGCUCAAGUACCUGGAGCUGUGCGUGGAUCUCCGCAAGAGCCACCUGGCUAAGGAGGGUCUCUACCAGUACAAGAACAUCUGCCAGCAGGUGAAUAUCAAAUCUCUGGAGGAUGUGGUUAGGGCUUACCUGAAGCUGGCGGAGGAGAAGACUGAAACAGCCAAGGGGGAGUCCCAGCAGAUGGUCCUGGACAUCGAGGAUCUGGAUAACAUCCAGACUCCUGAAAGUGUCCUCCUGAGUGCUGUGAGUGGAGAGGACACUCAGGAUCGUACGGAUCGCCUGCUUCUCACUCCCUGGGUGAAGUUCCUGUGGGAGUCCUACCGCCAGUGCCUGGACCUGCUGCGGAACAACUCCAAGGUGGAGCGCCUGUACCAUGACAUUGCCCAGCAAGCAUUCAAGUUCUGCCUUCAGUACACCCGUAAAGCAGAAUUUCGCAAACUGUGCGACAACUUGCGUAUGCAUCUGGGUCAGAUCCAGCGCCAUCACAACCAGAGCACGGCGAUCAACCUGAACAACCCUGAAAGUCAGUCUAUGCACCUGGAGACGCGUCUGGUGCAGCUGGACAGCGCCAUUAGCAUGGAGCUCUGGCAGGAAGCAUUCAAGGCUGUUGAAGACAUCCAUGGCCUGUUUGCUCUUUCCAAGAAGCCUCCCAAACCCCAGUUGAUGGCCAACUACUACAACAAGGUGUCUACUGUGUUCUGGAAAUCUGGAAAUGCUCUCUUCCAUGCCUGCACCCUCCACCGGCUCUAUCACCUCUCAAGGGAGAUGCGUAAGAAUUUGACCCAGGAUGAGAUGCAGAGGAUGUCCACCAGAGUCCUCCUGGCCACACUCUCUAUUCCCAUCACCCCCGAGCGCACUGACAUCGCUCGGCUGCUGGACAUGGACGGCAUCAUUGUAGAGAAACACCGCAGGCUGGCCACACUCCUGGGCCUGCAGUCUCCACCAACCCGGCAGAGUCUCAUCAAUGACAUGGUGAGAUUUAACUUGCUUCAGUAUGUUGUACCGGAUAUAAAAGAACUUUACAACUGGCUGGAAGUCGAAUUUCAUCCUCUGAAGCUGAGCGGAAGAGUGACCAAGGUGCUGAACUGGGUGAAAGACCAGGCUGAGAAGGAAUCUGAUCUGCAGCAUUAUGUCCCUCACCUGCAGAGUAAUACCAUCCUGAGGCUCCUGCAACAGGUUGCACAGAUCUAUCAAAGCAUCGAGUUCACCCGUCUGGCCUCCCUGGUUCCAUUUGUGGACGCCUUCCAGCUAGAGCGCUCUAUUGUGGAUGCUGCCAGGCACUGUGACCUGCAGGUCCGUAUAGACCACACCUCUCGAACUCUGAGCUUUGGCUCUGACCUGAACUACUCGACCAAAGAGGACGCCCCUGUUGGUCCUUUCCUGCAGAACAUGCCCUCAGAGCAGAUAAGGAACCAGCUGACUGCCAUGUCUGCUUCUUUGGCCAAAGCCAUCCAGAUCAUCAAGCCUGCCUCCAUCCUGCAAGAGCGUGAGGAGCAGAAUCAGCAGGCCAUUGCUGCCUAUCUGAAAAAUGCCCGCAAGGAUCAUCAGCGCAUCCUGGCUCGUAGACAGACCAUUGAAGAGCGAAAAGAGCGCCUGGAGAGCCUGAACAUUCAGCGUGAGAAGGAGGAGCUGGAGCAGCGGGAAGCUGAGAUGCAGAAGGUCCGCAAAGCUGAGGAGGAGCGUCUGCGCCAGGAGGCCAAAGAGAGGGAGAAGGAGCGCAUCAUGCAGGAGCAUGAGCAGAUCAAGAAGAAGACAGUCCGUGAGCGUCUGGAGCAGAUCAAGAAGACUGAACUUGGAGCCAAGGCCUUCAAGGAUAUUGAUAUUGAGGACCUUGAGGAGCUGGAUCCUGACUUCAUCAUGGCCAAACAAGUGGAGCAGCUGGAGAAGGAGAAGAAGGAACUUCAGGAGCGUCUGAAGAACCAGGAGAAGAAGAUUGACUACUUUGAGAGGGCAAAACGUCUCGAGGAGAUUCCUCUUAUCAAACAGGCUUACGAAGAGCAGCGCAUCAAGGACAUGGAACUAUGGGAGCUCCAGGAGGAGGAUAGGAUCAGUAACAUGAAAGUUGAACGGGAGAAGGCUCUGGAGCACAAGAAGCGCAUGUCCAGGAUGAUGGAGGACAAGGAAAGCUUCUUGUCCAAAAUAACCGCUGCCCGUAGCUUCAUUUAUGAGGAAAAAUUGAAUACUUUUGAGGAACGCAUGGUUGAAGAGAGGAAGACGCGUCUGGAAGAAAGGAAAAAGCAGCGCAAAGAGGACAGGCGCAACUCUUUCUACCGUAAUAAAGAGGAAGAGGCACAGCGUAUCCACGAAGAGCAGCUCAAGAAAGAGCGUGAGGAGCGUGACCGCGUCGAACAGGAGCAGCGAGAGGAGGAGGAGAGGGAGUACCAGGAGCGUCUGGCAAAACUCGAGGAGCAGGAAAGGAAGCAGCGUGCUCGUCAACAGGAGAUCGAGGAGCGAGAACGCCGUCGUGACGAGGAGAAAAGAGCCCCCCCUGAGGAGAAAACCAAGGAUUGGGCCGAGAAGGAGAAGGACACUGAGAAGGAGGAAGGAGGAGGAGGAGGAUGGAGGAAGCGCACGGAUGGAGGUGAUUCAGAGUGGCGUCGUCCUGUGCCUGACAGGGAGUGGAGAUCGGAGGGCCGUGAGGAGGACAGAGAGGGGACCUUAAGGCGAGAAGGUCUUCGCAGGGGCGCAGAUGACAGAGCUCCCCGUCGUGGCUUUGAAGACGAUAGGGCCCCCCGCCGUGGUGGCGAUGAGGACCGUGCUCCACGCAGAGCUUUUGAUGACGACCGUGGACCAAGGAGGGGUGGAGAUGAAGACCGUGCCCCGAGGCGUGGCUUUGAUGAAGACCGUAGUUUCAGGCGUGGCUUCGAUGACGACAGAGCUCCCCGUAGAGGCGUCGAUGACUCCUGGGGUCCCAGAAGAGGAGGAGAUGAUGAGAGAGGUGGUAGGAGAGGCAUGGACGAUGGGCCACGUCGUGGUGGUGGUGACGACGACGACGACCCCAAACCCUGGAAGCCCGUGGUCCGACCUACUUCAGGUGGUUGGCGUGAGCGUGAGAAGGCCCGAGAGGACAGCUGGGGUCCUCCCCGUGACGACGCCAGUGAGGAGAAAGAGGAAGUUAAAGCAGAGGAAAAAACCAGCGACGCCGUCAAAGCCCGCCCAGUCAGAGAGGAGAAUACUUGGAGGAGACCAGGCACAGAGGAAGGAGGAAGCUGCUGGAGAGACUCUCGCAAAGAGGGCACUGACCGCGAGGAACGCCGUGAUGAUACUCGCAGUGAGCGUGAUGAACCCCGCGUGGUUGAGCGCCGCGUGGUUGAGCGCCGUGAUGUUGAGCGCCGUGAUGUUGAGCGCCGUGAUGUUGAGCGGCGCGAUGACCGUGAAGUCAGAGCCCCUCCCAAAGAUCAAGAUGAAGGAGCUUCUUGGCGUCGUGGAGGAGAGGAGAAGCGGGAGGAGCCGCCCAAAGAAAGGGAGCGGGAGCCUGAGUCUGAGCCUGAAGGAGAUAAGGGAUGGCGUACUGACAAAGACAACCCUCGUCGCAUCAAGAACGAAACAGAUGACGAUGGCUGGACAACUGUGCGCCGCUGAGUAACGACCUCUCAGCCAGCCAGCCAGCCACAGUGCUGAAUUAAUUGCCACACACUUCUGAUACUCAUGUGGAUUAUUCCUUUGUAUGACAUCUUUGUAGACAGUAGUUUUCCUGGGAAUUAUUUUCCAUUAAUCUUUAAAUUGACUUUCAACUGUUUUGAAUCAGAGGCUCCUCACCACCAAAAACACCAUCAACCAAUAAACUUGUGUGCACUUAGGACUCAUGCAAACUAUCAACGUACACAUGACUGCGCCCAGUGGUUAGGAGUGUUAUUACCUUACAUUAAAAAGUUAAAUUGAUUUUUAACUGAAAACCAAUGUACCUGCUCCAACUUUCACUGCAAACUCAGUGCAUCACCAACUGCCUCUUUUAAAUAAUUAAACUUUACAUAGAUGAUGUAAUACUAUCCCACAGAUCCACAACUCUUGUAAUGGCAAUGACAAGGAAUUUGUCAUCUGCCUCAGCGAUCUCUGUUCUUCAUCUAAUGUUUCAGAUGCAUCUUAACCUGAACUAGUGGAAUUUCCAUUUUGAUGUGCAUGCUUAGAGUAUUCAAUUGGUCUCGCCUCAUAUCCAGUGUGUGGUUCUAUCUUGCUGCAAUAAAUGGUAUCAAACCAGGUUGCAUGUGUACAGAUAAAGCCUUUAUUAAUAAAGAAGUUUGCUCACCA